CAUUCAAUUCAAGUGACAUUAGGUGAAUAAAAUUAACAAGUAUGGAUGAAACUAAAAAUGAAUUUUAGGCCCUAAAUUACAUAUUCUCCUUAUCCUUUUGGAACAUGCCAAAAUUAUUGUGUAAUUUCUUGAACCAAUUAUGAGAUGCGGUAUCAAAUAUGGACACACACCGGCAAAUUGUGGUGGCAUUUGACUGAAAAUUUUUCGCUGCCGAAGAUUCUUCUGCGAAAAAAUCAAUUAUUGGCCCCUAAUUCGUUAGUGACCAGAAACUUUAGCAACAGUUCCCUAAAACUCCCGUCCGCUGCGACUCUGUUGCAAAAUGACGAAAAAGGGACGGUCGUGUUGCUCGGCACCGUGCACUUUAGCAAAAAUUCCGUGGAGGAUGUAUCCGAGAUAGUGAAAGUCUUGAAUCCUAACGGAAUUUUGGUGGAAUUGUGCCGGCAAAGAGUUUCGUUAUUGGAGCUAGACGAAAAAAAGUUCAUAGAGGAUGCCAAAAAAUUUGACGCAACCAAAAUGAAACACGCCAUGAAGGGGCAGAACGUUGUGUCCGGCAUGCUGCACGGCAUGUUGCUCAAGACAUACGCUGACAUAGCGAAGGAACUGGGUGUGGCGCCAGGCGGCGAAUUCCGCAGGGCCUACCAUGAAAUGCAGAAAAUACCAGGAUGCAAACUUUAUCUUGGUGAUAGACCCAUACAAAUAACGAUAGCCAGAGCAUUUCAGUCUUUAAGCGUUUUUGAGCUCGGCCAAGUGCUAUACCAUUUGACGUCAUCAAGCCAAUCGAAACCGUUAGACAAGCAUGCAAUGGAAAGAUACAAAGAUAAAGAGUUCGUGGCAGCUCAAUUUGAGGAGAUCACUCGGGACGUGCCAGCUUUCAAAAAGAUAUUUCAUGUGUUCGUAGACGAACGCGACCGGUGUCUAGCCUAUUCGUUACAGGAGUGUGUUCGUAAUACUGCUAAGAAUCCAAGGGUGUUAGCCGUCGUAGGAAUGGGCCAUGUUGAUGGCAUUAUAAAAUACUACGGCCAUAUGAAGCAGGAAGAUAUCAUACCACUUCUUAGUACAUAAUUUCAUUUCAAUGACAACUCGAAAAAAUGUAUUUUGUUACGGAAAUUUCUAACCGAUUUACACAAAAAAUGUUAACCUAGAAGGUACCCAUCUCAUAAUUAAGGAUUCCACAGCAGCCGUUGUAUUCUGUAUUGUUUUGGAAUGGCCUCAAAUAUACGUUUUAUUUUCUGGUGUUUUCA